UUGACAUACGAUUGAAAAUUGAAUAGGACAAAAACUUUUCAAAGUAAUGGCUUCAACACUCAAUUCUAAAGUGCAGACUUUACUAUUUUGUGAUAUUGAAAGCACUGGAUUGCCAUUUGACGUUGGACUGAAAAACGUACGAAUUACAGAAUUAUCGUUGUUGGCAGUAGACAGGGUUGAUUUUGAAAACAGCCAUGGAAAUAUGCGUGUUAUUAAUAAAUUAACCCUGUGUUUUAAGCCUGCAAGCCGUAUUUCUUCUGCAGCCAUCCACAUGACAGGUUUGUGUAAUACAUCAUUACAGUAUCAAGAAACUUUUAAUCAGAAUACUGUUAAAUUAAUAGAGUUGUUUAUCGAAAGACUAAAUAAGCCAGUCUGUCUGUUAGCUCAUUAUGGUCAAGGGUUUGGUUUUCCUCUUUUGAAAGCAGAAUUUGAAAAUACAAGCGCAACAUUCUCUACACCCUUAUUAUGUGCCGAUACAUUACAAGCAUUCAAGAACAUUCUUUCUAAGCAGGACAUUCCUCAAUCAUCAUCACAUAAUUAUACUUAUGUGUCGGAUAUAAGUGAAAAUGAUGUCGAUGAGAUUUUAAGUCAGGAUUUACAUAUAUUUGAGGAAAUCAAAUUGCCAUCAUGCAGUAAUAUAUCUGAACAUAAUAAUAAUAAUAAUAGUAAAAAUUUAAAUGGAUACAGUAAAAAUAAUGGUACAAAUUCAGUUGUACUUGAAACCAUCUCGCCGUACGUUAAUGAGACGACACCUAGAAAAAUUGCAAAAAAGGAAAUAACUCCAACUCUAAAUAAAUAUGUACAUGUGAAAAAGAAUAGUACAUCUAGAAAACAAUUAUUUCCAACAGAUGCAACAACUCCUACACAGAAUGCAUCUACUGAAGCAAAAGAUUCAUCAAAGAAAAAUUCAAAUAAAAUAUCUUUCAAAUUAAGCAAUCUUUACGAACAUUUCUUUCAUUCUUCUCAGCCAUAUUCUCAUCUUGCCGAAGCCGACAGUAUUUCCCUAUUGAAAAUAGCGAGAGAAGUUAACAAUGAGUUUUUAAUAUGGAUUGACACACACAAUAUUCCAUUUGAAACUAUAAAACCUUUGUGGUAAUUUUGUAAAUGUGCCAUUAUUAUUUUUUAGAUUUUAAAUCAUGUAGUUUUAUUUCAUUUUAUAAUUGUUUAUAGAUGUUUUUUUAUAAUUAUAUGAAAAUUUUAAUCAUAAACAUGUAAUAAUCAACAAGGAUGAACUAACCAUUGUUGAAUUAUGCUGAAUUAAUUAAUACACCUUUUAAACAAUGCCAGUUUCAUUUAGGAAGUUCUUCUUUCCUAACUGACACUGACAGUCGUCUGUCCAUAACUGGACUGUAACUGGGUUAAAAAUAUUAGCGUUCCUUCAACCCAUUGUUAAAAGUGAAAUGAUUAAUUCAGCAAUAAUCAAUUAUUUAAAUACAUGUAAAAUGCAAUCAUUUAUAUCAUGUAUAUAUAACUUAUAUGCAGUGCCGGCUCGAGGCAAGUUUUAGGAUGGAGCGAGAUCCUAUUAUGGCGCCCCCUUGGUUGCCCCUGAUUUAUACCGUUUAAUAUUCUUUACCACUGAGGCUCCUCCCCCUAGGACUUAGCGCCUGGAGCGGCUGCUCCGUUCGCCCUAUGGUAGGGCAGGCUCUGCUUAUAUGUUAUAAUAAGAUUUUAUGUAUUGUUAUUAACUACAAGAGCUUGUUAUAGGCUACAGAGUGUUUCUGAAUUAAGUACCAAAACUUGAGUAUUAAAUCCCUUAGGUGAAACUAAAUAAAAAAUACACAGAGAACAAUUUGUAAAGUUUGCUUCAUUAAUAAGAUGGUAAUAAAUCAAGUUUUAAUUAGUUGGGCUGCAAUUUUGAAAUUACAGGUCUAUAAAUUUCCACUGGCAUCUGUUGUACUGUCUGUUCUUUAAUCUUGAGAACAGAGCUAGAUAUAGAAAGAUUAGGGCAGGAGUGGCCAACCUUUUGCAUACGAUGCGCCAAUUUUUUGACAGACGAGUUCAGAUGUGUCAUAUAACUC